AUGCCCCGCUUUAAUCGACGGGAGCAGCUCCCGCUCCAUAUCAAGCGCGCUAUUUGUGCGCACCACGUCGACAACCCCCGCCUGCGUCAUGUUGACCUGGCGAGGUGGUGCUACACGCAGUACGGAUUGCACCCGGAUCGCUCCACUGUCGACCGCAUAGUGAAGCUCGCCGAGCGAUGGGCUGUCACGGCAACCGGCGACAACCAAGUACACGACGAUGAGCCCUCCCCCACCGUCUACCCCGACAUCGAGCUCGACGACGACAUCGACGAUGUCGGGACGCUUAUUAGCGGGCUCGCCCUCGGGAAUGCGGCGAUGACGGCCGCAGAGUACGUCGCCAUCGACGACGACGAGCCAACGUGCGCCGAGGGCACUGCGGGACAGCCCGCGACUGAGCCGGAGGCGGGCCUAGAGGUGGAGCUCUGGCACGCGCCGACGACCAUGCAAGCCGUCUACGACGACGCCGACCCAGUGUGCCGCGAAGCACGGCGCACUGCACGGGCGGCAUGCGAGAUGCUCAUCGGAUAUGCACGGGCCACCCGCAUCACGCCGCGCGAUCUGUGCCAUCUGUUCGAUAUCCGCAACCCCAUCGUAAUCGCGCGGAUGGAGCGGGCGAGCCCGUCAUUCAACCUCAACGUGGCGCCUCAACCCGUACCCUCCCCGGGCGCAACUCCCACGCCCGAGACGCCUCGUCCGCGCGGCCGUGUGCUGCCCGGCUGGAUGACCCGUCCGUCUCGCUGUCAGGAGUUGUUUGACGCCGGUGUGGGCGCCGUGAUGGACGGGUAUGUGGACGCGGCUGAGUGGAUGCGUCUCCUCCUUGACACUGCGGCAGCGCAGCCCAAGUACGACCGUCUCAAGAGCGACUCUCAGUCAUCGGACGGCAAGAAUUCGCCGGCGAAAAGCAUGGCCGACCCGGACGACUUGUCAAAAUCAAACGCAAACGUCAUCAAGAAGCGCUUCGGAGAGGACGCGCCCGAGGCGCUCAAAGCCGCUUCUGCAGCGGCUGAGCCCAAAACGCGUCCGCGGGCGGGAUUCGACCCCAACCAGAAGCCGCAGGAGCAGACACCCGCCAAGCCGACGGAGAGCAGGAAGGCUGGCGGCGGAUUCUUUGAGAAGAAGAAAUAA